UCAUGAAUCAUGAUCAUCCCUCCAAAGUUUAAUGUCAAAAAUCCCCUCCACCCUCCAUUCAAAUCCAACAAUCAGGAUCAUUCCACAACCCUGUACACUACGUACAAACAAAAUUUUCUCUUUUUCUCCUCCACCACCUCCUCCUGCUCCUUCUUCCCUUCCUCUUCGUCUUCUCUUUCAUUAGUCAUUACCCGCCUUACAUGCCACUCACUACACUACAACUACCGUACACCACCAACCACCGUAUCUUUCCUCUCUUUCUCUCUCACUCACGCACAAUAUUUCAAUCAUUUUCUUAUUACUCUUUCUUCUCCGCAAAAACGCGUUCUUGUGUUUCUCAGUAGACUGUUUUUCUGUCUCUUUUUUCUCUUAUUAACGGUUUUUGAGGCAAUGUGAGCUUGUAGAAUCUCAAGAAUGCGUUAAUGUUUCUGUUAUUUUCGAAUGUGUUGUCUCAGGGAAUGAUUUGAAGUUUCUAUUGAUCCGUUCUCAGAGAUUUAGCUUCUGUUUCAAUUUUUCACUGCUAGGGCUUUUGGAUAGGAGACUUUUUACACAUUUUGAUUUUGACUUGUUUGGCUUUUCAAGCUGGUAAUGCGAGCUUCCAAGUUUUUCAAUUGAUUGUUUAAUGGUGUUUUAAUAAUGCCCAGCAUUAGAGCUCCAGCUGCUAAGAGAACCACAACCCUCACGGUUGCUGUCAAGUGCAGACCUUUAAAGGAGAGAGAGCGUGGUCGAGACAUUGUUCGUGUUAAUGACAAUAAGGAGGUGAUUAUUCUGGAUCCUGACCUCUCGAAGGACUACCUCGAUCGCAUACAGAAUCGAACCAAGGAGAAGAAAUAUCGUUUUGAUCACGCCUUUGCUCCUCAUUGUACAAAUUUGGAUGUAUACGAAAGAGGUAUAUCUUCUAUAAUAUCUGGGGUUGUUCAAGGUCUAAAUGCUACCAUCUUUGCCUAUGGUUCAACCGGAAGUGGUAAAACAUAUACAAUGGUUGGGACCCAAGAAGAUCCUGGACUUAUGGUUCUCAGUUUGCAUACAAUAUUUACUCUUAUAGAAAAGGACAAGAACUCUGAUCAAUUUGAAGUCUCUUGUUCCUACCUUGAAGUGUACAAUGAGGUUAUCUAUGAUUUACUUGAGAAAUCAUCAGGUCAUUUGGAACUACGUGAGGAUCCAGAGAAAGGAAUAAUUGUUGUUGGUCUGAGGUGCAUCAAGGUGCAUUCAGCUGAUAAGAUUCUUGAAUUAUUGAACUUGGGAAAUAGUAGACGGAAAACAGAAAGUACAGAGGCUAAUGCAACAUCGUCUCGAUCACAUGCUGUUUUAGAGAUAAUCGUGAAAAGAAAGCAGAGAAACAAGUAUCAAAAUCAGGUCAUGCGAGGCAAACUUGCACUUGUGGAUCUUGCUGGCAGUGAAAGAGCUUCUGAGACAAAUAGUGGAGGACAAAAGCUAAGGGAUGGUGCUAAUAUUAACCGUUCCCUUCUUGCUUUAGCAAACUGCAUUAACGCCUUGGGGAAACAACACAAGAAGGGUCUUGCUUAUGUUCCAUAUCGCAAUAGCAAACUAACACGUAUACUUAAAGAUGGUCUGAGUGGCAAUUCUCAGACUGUCAUGGUUGCUACAAUAUCCCCUGCGGACAAUCAGUAUCAUCAUACCAUAAAUACCUUGAAGUAUGCUGACCGAGCAAAGGAAAUCAAGACACAUAUUCAGAAAAAUAUUGGCACAAUUGAUACCCAUGUGUCAGAUUACCAGAGGAUGAUUGAUGGUCUUCAGAUUGAGGUUUGCCGUUUGAGAAAAGAAUUGGCUGAAAAGGAAUCCCAACUAAGUGUCAAACCUGCUGAAAAAUCUGUAGAUGAUGAGCUUUCUUGGUUGGACAUUUUAAGUCGUGAAACCAGUGAAAAUGUUCAGGAACGUAUAAACUUACAGAAGGCAUUAUUUGAACUUGAGGAGACUAAUCUUCGUAAUCGCUUUGAACUCCAACAUCUUGAUGAUGCAAUAGCAAAACAACAGGCUAUUGAAAAGGAAGGAUCAGUUAUAGAGGCUUUGAUAGCUAGACAAAAAGUCAUCCUUGACAACAUUCGUGACAAUGAUGAGGUUGGCAUCAAUUACCAAAAGGAAAUUGAAGAAAAUGAGAAGCAUAGAUUCCAACUCCAAGAUAUGAUUGAUAAAGCCAUUAGUAAGAAUGGAAAUAAAACCUACUUGCGGAUUCUUAAUCAAUACAGGCUUCUGGGAAUGGCUAACACGGAGCUUCAGUUUGAAAUGGCAAUGAGGGAUCAAAUAAUUCACAACCAACGAGAAGCACAAAGAAAGUUGUGGAACAUGCUCAUGGGAUUAGGACUUGAAGAGAAGCAUUUGUUGGACUUUGCAGCUAAACAUGGAAUAAUAAUUGAAGAUUGGACAAUGAUGCCUCGUCUUGCAAUUUCAGAUAAGUACUCGGUUUCUACUUUUGACAGAUUUGCCCCAAAGGGAUAUAGUCAGUGCUCUGGUCAAUCGAUUUCUAGAUCUUGCAUCUUCCAACACUAUCAAGAUUUUGGUUCAAGUUCAUUUUCCAGGGGUCCUUGGAAUCCAAGUGGUACUUUUUGCAGAGAAGAGCACCAUAGUUCCUAUUACAUGCUGUCUCAUGAUCAAUCACCUCCUGCAUAUCUGAGUCUGAGGAAGAGCACUAAUCAUUGGAUUGGUAGUGCCCCAGAUUCCUGGUUUGGCACACCUGCUAAGCUUCCUCAAAAUUUGCGCAGUUCAUGCCCAGAGUUGAGAACUUGGGCUUCCCCUUGUAGUGAAGGCUCCCCAUCAGCUUCAUCUCCCAGUGCUGAUUUAAGCCGGCAUCGUAAGGUAAUGUGGAACGAUGCUUCAAGGAAACAUCUCUAUGAGACUCGUAAUGCUGGAGUAAGUGAUAGCCAAACAAUGAUGGGUAAUGGCCGAACAGCCCUUGGUUUCUCAGCACAGCUCUCAGAGCUGCACAGCACAAGCCAUAUUUUUCAGCACACUGAAACCCCUAGUGGCCCAAAUAUAUUACGUGUUCCUUCAUUUGCUACUCCAGAGAAAAAUCUCUUUUGUAAACCCUAGUUCAGACCCCAGAAUCCACCCCUUAAAUUUUGUGUAGAUGUCAUGUCUUGUAUUUUUGGCAGGUAUGCUUCUUUUUUUUUUUUUUUUUGCCUAUCACCAGUUGUACAUAUCAAGUGUAGCAUAGUAAUAUUGUGAGCGUAGGGCAGGCAGCAGUUGAUUCUUUUGUUCCUCCAUUCAGAGGAAGGAGAUGGAGAUUUAGUCUGUAAUUAGUUGGAGAGCAGCAAGUUGAAUGCAGUUUGUCUUGUUUGUAAUGCAAGUAUAUGCUCUUACCAUUA